CGAGAGUCUCUCUCUCUUUUAUUUUCCACAGGUGGAACCACAGACGCUGAUUUAUCGCGUGUUUCGGUGGUAGACAGACCGUCCUCCUCCUCUUCUUCAGGUCUUCAUCAUGGUGGAUCCGUUUGUUGGAACCUGGACUCUGACUGCCAGCGAGAACUUUGAUGACUACAUGAAGGCGAUCGGUGUGGGACUUGCCACCCGGCAAAUGGGCAACUUGGCAAAGCCGAACCUGGUCAUCAGCGUGGACGAGGACGGGCUCCUUUUGAUGAAGUCUGAAACGACGUUCAAAACCACAGCGUUCAAAUUCAAGCUGGACGAGGAAUGUGACGAGACUACAGCGGACGGCCGCACGACCAAGACCCUCGUCACUCUGAAAGAUGGCAAACUGGUGCAACGGCAGACAUGGGAUGGAAAGACGACUACACUGGAACGAGAGAUUCAAGAUGGAAAACUGACCGCUAAAUGUGUCUUCGACGACGUGGUUGCAGUGAGAACCUAUGCAAAAAAAACUUGAGUAACACAUUUAGACUGGACCUUACGCCAAAUACAUUGAGCUAUUGCCAAUAAAGUCUGAACUGUGACACUUGUAUGUCAUUU